AUGGCAUUUGCAGGAGGGAAGUUGAGGAGCUCGAGCCACUCCGGCAGCUCGGCCAGUGGGGAGAAAAGGCGGCCUCGCAGUACUGCGUCCUCCACCUCCACUGCCGCCAGGGGCUUGGCCAGGCGCAUCCGCGACCCAGACCGUCCCACACUCAACACACCUGGGAGCGUGGCAGCCAGCAGCCCUGCUGUGCAGUCAAGUCCAGGCGGCGUGCGACAAGCCUCCAGAAGCAGAAGCCCAGAGGCCAAUGCACCGGUUCAGGACUUGACAGACCGUAUCGUUUCACAGAUCAUGUCGAGGAGGCUGGUGCAGGAAUCGGAUAUGGAAGAUCUCCGCUUCAAUGUGAUGUCGAUCUUGCAGCCUGCUUUGAAGAAGAGCAGCUUUGAGGAAACCCAGCGGCUUUCCAUCGAGCUGCAGGAGGCUCGAAGUCGCACAGCUCAUGCACGGACGGAGAUCGCCCGGCUCAAGUCGGAGGCGCAGACGUUGGAACAGAAAAGCGUGGAGGCAGAAGAAAAGGGCAGGAGAGCAGAAACGCGUGCAAGUAAAGCAGAGGCACGCUUGAAGUCCUCUUUACAGGAUCCCUUGAUGAUCAAGGUUGGAUCAGAAACUGUGGAGGUUCGGUCAAGCACCUCCAGAGCCAAAGACACGAUGGAAGUUUUGGCUGAAGAACAGCGCAAAAUGGAAAAGGAGCUCCACCAGCUCAAGUCCAAGGCAGACACAAACAAGUCAGCCACUAUCCGGGUGGUCACGCAGCUCAUUGGUUACAACAACAACAGGCUGAACAACCUCCUACAGGCUGCAGUCUUUGGAUUGUGGAGAACAACAGCCAAGGAACGCUUUUCGCAGAAACAGGCUAAGACGCAGCAGGCCCAGGAGGAGGAGGCUCGAAAAAAGCGACAACUUCAUGGUGACGCCAAAGCCAAGUUCAUUGCGACUUUAGUCGAAGGGAAAAGGAAGCAGCUAGUGUUCGCGCAAUGCCUUAGAGCUUGGAGCCAGCUGGUAUAUGAGAAUCACUUGGAGACUGCGAGGCACAAGCAAGAAGAACAGCACAAAGAGGAGUUCAAACAGCUCAAAUCCAAAGCAGACAGGAACAUGUUGGCGACCAGCGAAAGAAUGGCGAUGCAACUAGACCGAAUGGCUCUGCAGCUCAUGAGCCGGGACACAGACCAAGUGCUGGCCGCGGUCGUUGGAUCGUGGAAGAUUGCAACUCAGGAGGGAAAAUUUCUUCGGCAACAGGCUGCGGAAAAACACAAAAUGCAGCAGGAAAUCAGCCAGCUCCAAUCCAAAGCAGAGAGGAACAUGUUGGCGAGCAGUGAAAGAACGGCUACGCAGCGCAUUAGCCCCACGGAAGGCCACGAGGCAGAGAAAGAGGAACCAGCAGCAGCCGCAAAGAAGGAGGAAGAACCAGAGGCACCCGCAAAGAAGAAAAGAGAAGUGGAAGCUUUGAAGGAGAAGUCGGAGGCCGCAGAGAAACCCAAAAUGCAGCAGGCAAUUGAUUUGCCGGCGCAGACGGAAGAGAAACCCGUGGAGGCAGAGGAAGAGAGCAGGAGAGCAGAAACGCGUGCAAGUAAAGCAGAGGCGCCACAAGUCGAAACCGUGUUGGAUUUGGAUGAGAAGGAUGAAGACGCUUCAAUCCGCAUGGUGGAGGCUCCAUCAAGCACAUCCAGAGCCAAAGACGCUGCGGUGAGGCGAAAGCAAGAAGAACAGCAAAAAGAGGAAGCACAACUAACUGCGUCAAAGAGCGCGAGCAGCGAAAGAACGGCUACGCAGCGCAUUAGCCCCGCGGAAGGCCACGAGGCAGAGAAAGAGGAACCAGCGGCAGCCGCAAAGAAGGAGGAAGAACCAGAGGCAACCGCAAAGAAGAAAAGAGAAGCAGAAGCUCUGAAGCAGAAGCUAGAGGAAGAACAGCUGCUUCGGCAACAGGCCGCAGAGAAGCAGGCUGAAGAAAAGCGCAAAGUGGACAAGGAGCUCCACCAGCUCAAGUCCAGGGCAGACACAAACAUGGUAGCCACCAUGAACCGGGUGGUCACGCAGCUCAUUGGUCCUUUGGAGACCAAACACGGUGAUUUACUACUUGGCGAUCCGAGCUAA